AUGAAAACAUAUCUAAAACGACCACAUGAUAAAUCAUUCGCAGCGGUAUUCUAUUCACACUCGGAUACACACAAUCAAGUUCAAUCACGUGCUAAUUUUCGACAACAGAUUGUACAACCAUCAACGAAAGAACAACAACGUCUUCUAUCAUCAACUAAUUUACCACGAUUGCAACAUGUGCAUUCAGGUAAAUAUGGUAUAAAACCAAUAUGGUCUUCUGACGAGUCACUAUGUGAACAAUGGCAACAUGGUAAAAAGUUCAAUAAGCAUCGAUCAUCUAUAUCAUCAGAAAAUCAUCAAGAUCGAUGUUCACAGUAUACGUCAGAUUCCAAGAAGACAUCUAUUUUUUCAUUAACAACAAUUCUGUCAUAUGUCAAUCAAGAAUAUGGAUUAAUACUGCUGUUAGCUUCCAUUUCUUUGCUCCUUCUUCUUCUCGUAUAUAUUGUCUAUCGACAACGAUCAACUAAAAUAAAUGAAAAUAAACUAAAUGGACAACAACAACGACGUCGUCUAAGUCUCGAAGAGAAUCUUUUUAGUCAUAAUUUAUCCGAACAUCGACUAUCAGCUGUUCCAGUAUUACCAACUAUCGUUGAAGAAAAUUCUCCGGCAUUACAUUCAUCAAGUUCUGCUAGUCAAUUUAGUCUUUUAUCAAGUUCAACGAAUGCGACGACAUCAUCAACAACUGUCAUAGACAAUAAUGACACUCAUAAUUCAUCAUCACCAUCAGCCCAUGAAGAGAAAUCAUCGAUAAAUAAUAUUCCGACUAGAGACAAUGUAAUUCGCAUAUCUUUAUUACCUAAAGACGAACAAUCAGCAUCAUCUGGUCCACGACGUCGUUCAAGAUUUGAACAAAAUCCAACAACAUCAACAGCUGAAAAAUUACCAACUGAAGAAGCAUUAGUACCACCCGUGAUUGUUCGUAAAACUUCUAUUACACAUCAAAAUGUAAUUAAAGAUGAUUAUGCAUCACUCGAAGAAGUAAAUAAUGCUGUUAAAGAAGUUGGUCUUCAUCAUUCACAACUUAUGUUUGGUAUUGAUUAUACAAUAAGUAAUUUAGAAACAGGUAAACAUUCAUUUAAUGGUUUAUCUCUGCAUCAUAUUCAAAAUGGAUUACUUAAUCCAUAUCAAAGUGUUAUUACAAUUGUUGGAAGAACUUUAGAAAAAUAUGAUUCAGACAUGUUAAUACCAGCAUUUGGUUUCGGUGAUCGAUCUACAUUAGAUAGAAAAAUAUUUCCAUUACGUCCAGAUGGUACUUAUUGUAAAGGUUUUCGUGGUGUUCUUGAUGCAUAUAAUGAGAUUACACCGAGAGUACGUAUGUCUGGACCAACAAAUUUUGCACCAUUAAUUAGAGAAGCAAUUCGAAUUGUGAAGAAAACAGGACAAUAUCACAUUCUUGUUAUUGUUGCCGAUGGUCAAGUUACUAAUGAAAAACAAACAAAAGAUGCUAUUGUUGAAGCAAGUAAUUAUCCAUUAUCUAUUGUUAUGAUCGGUGUUGGUGAUGGACCUUGGGAUAUGAUGGAAGAAUUCGAUGAUUCAUUACCAACACGACAAUUUGAUAAUUUUCAAUUUGUUAAUUAUAAUAGUGUUGUUGAAGCAUCGACAAAUACUGAUUCAAGUUUUGCUUUACGUGCACUUAUGGAAAUACCUUCACAAUAUGCAGCGAUAAAAGAAUUAGGUCUUCUAAAAAAUAGUUGA